UCCCGUGUGUCAGCCACUUCCACAAGAAGCCAUAAAAGACUGUUCGAUCCUUCUGUUUACACUCUAUUUCAUGUUGUGGUGUUUGUUUCUCCAUUUUUUUAUAUUCGAAGCCAUUUUUCGAUCAGUCUAGUAUUAGGUUUUAAAUUUUCAAAUAAAUAUAAUCUAUCUGUCGGUGAGCUUACAAUCAGUCAUGGCAUCCAUUACAAAUCAGGAAAAGGAGGAUCCACUGAAACGACGAAUGGUUCCCCGAGGUUUGCAGAAACUUAUUGAACAAUGUUUGAAAAUUUACCCAGAUCAAACAAAUCCGCUUCAGGUCACAACCGUUCUGAAGUAUUGGCUCGGUGGACAAGACCCGUUGGAUUAUAUUAGCAUGUAUCACAAUGCGGGUGAUCCGGAUAAGAACAUUCCACCACAUUGGCACUACAUUAGUUUCGGGCUGUCCGAUUUGCACGGCGACGGACGAGUUCACUUGCCAGACACAAUUGGAGGAUUAGAACCACGCUCUGGAAUGGGCUUUGAACUGACAUUCCGUUUGCUGAAACCGGAGAAUUGUACCGAAGAAAAACCACCCACUUGGCCAGCGAAUCUCCUACAAGCACUGGCCAAAUAUGUAUUUCAGUCAGGUAACAGGUUGUGUUUCGGUGACAAUAUUCCUUGGCGUAGAUCAUUGGACGCCAAAGCAUCAAAUAUUCAGCACAUGUUAAUUGCCGAAGAUCCUCAAAUGUCUCGCACGGAGACUCCUUUCGGUUGGGUAGAUUUUCUACAGAUAGUUGGCGUGACAAACGAAGAACUAGAACAAGCAUCUCGUUGGAAUGGGAAAGGUAUUCUAAAUCUGCUUCAAAAAGAUCCUGCAACUGGAGGUGAUUGGCUAAUCACGGACAUGACUCGAUCGAAAAGCGUAUUUGAGCUCUUUCCCGAGACUCUUCGUCAGUUGGAAAUCGAUCUUGAAAGAGAAGGAUCCGACUUGGCGGGUGUGAAUGCAGAUUUCACUUUUAAGGAAGUCGCCAAAGCAAUUACUAUCAAAAAAGAGAUUCUUGAUCCAGAAGAGGAAAUCGCCAAAAGCAUCUCUUCGUGUAACAUCGAAAUCAAAAAAGAGUUCAACGACGGGCUGGAACAUUCGGGUUCGUCUGAUAUGAUUAACCCCUUCCACCACUCCCAGAUACCGUCCCGCGUUUCUCCCUUAAGUGGCAUCGAGCUCACCCUGGCGCCAUAUGCAGCCAAGUUCCUCGUGCUCGCCAUCAAAGAUCGGAUACGCCACGGGCGACAUUUUACUUUCAAGGCACAAAAUAUGGCUGUUACCUUUGUAGCCGAAUCGGUUACCGGGGCCAUAGUUAAUCGAGAAACGCCUUAUGGAGUGCUAGGCUAUUGGGUGCAAAUUCUAAUUCCGAAUGCACUCGUCCCAAAGAUGCUGGACACGUUUGGAGAUUUGAAUACCAGUACGGACAAUCUGAAAAUCCCACUAACCUACGAAUGGCCAGAACACAAUUUGAAAUUCAUCAUUGACCAUCCACCGCCGGAGUUACUUAAUCAACAGGGUCCGAUAUUGGCUUAGAAUAUUAUUGAACGAUGUAGAAUCGUUUGCGACUUGCGUAGUUUGUUAGAAAGCCUAUCACAAAUAGAGUACCAUUUCAACUAAUGCGCCACAACUUCUAUUUUUUCCUAUAAAGUAUUAUAUUUUAACAAAUAAUGUUAAGUUAGAUGGAAUCUCAAGUGCCUUAAAUAUAUACAAUAGAAAAUGAA